AUGGGCUUCACUUCAGCAACUCGCGCCUUUGGCCUGGGGGCACUGCUUUUCCUUGGCUCAGAUGUGAUCCCUCAAGUUCAUGGCCUUCCGAAGACAUCAUGGGCUCAACAGAGGGCCAAAGGGCAUGGCAGGAAAGCCCUCAGCCAGUCGAUGAACAAGCGACAGUUUAGCAAUGGCAGCGAGCCAGCUGACUGCGUGGUUCAUGAUCCGAUGGACAUUGACGCCCCCAAAGACAAUAUUUGGAGUGGCCUGACAGGCCCGGAAGCUGCUGGUGUCACGGAAUGGCUCUUCGCACAGAAAGAGUUAAACCUCACUCUGAGUGACAACGCUACCUCCUGGGAUAACACGAUUGUCUUGGUCGAGCUCAUGCAGCCAAAUAAGUCAGACGCUCUAGCAUAUAUCGACGGCAGCGGCCCCGUCCCAGCCCGAUAUGCCCACGUCUUGCUUGACUUCCGCGCCACCGAGGAGCCUGAGUAUCAAGACAUUCUCGUCGGUCCAUUACCGGUCACCAAUGGCACCACCAAGUGGGAACGACUGGACUACCCUUACACGCGCAAGACUAGCGGCCGCGUUCGAAACCUGGAUGCCGACGACGACGCUAUGCAAGAAUGGCUCUACGAUGUGAGCAAGAGCAUCGCCGACAUCACCAAAGACCUCUGGAACGCCACUGCUCUUGGACUCGAGAACGACACCUUGGAGAUCUGGGGUAUUGAUCCCUACUACCAGGAUGACGGUCGCAUCCAGCGCUGGGACACUUUCUGGAGCAUCCCCGACUCCAUCUUCGACGUCGGCUCGAUGAUGCCUAUGGGACUGUUCUUCAUGUCUGACGUCACCGGCCGCGAUCCUUCCAAGUGGAUCCUAGAGGGAUGGUACUAUAACGGUGUCUUCUACGAGACUACCGAGGAGUUCCGCGCUGCGUACUGGGGUGGCAACGUUGAGAAACUCGGCGGCAACUUUGCUGGCGACUGGUCGGCUACCGAUCAGCAAGGUCAGGUCCUUCCUAUGGACACCAUGGCUCCUCCAACAGCGGUUGCUCCCCAAGGUGCCAGAUACUCUGUCGACGCUGAGAGGAAGUAUGUUGAGUGGAUGGGCUGGUCGUUCUAUGUUGGCUUCAACAGAGAUACCGGUAUGGCUCUCUAUGACAUUCGCUACAAGGGCCAGAGGAUCUUGUACGAACUUGGUCUCCAGGAGGCUCUGGCUCACUAUGCCGGAAGCGAUCCAACCCAGUCUCACGUGGCAUACCUUGACACCUAUUACGGUUUCGGCCCGUUUGCGUUUGAGCUGCUCAAGGGCUACGACUGUCCAUCCUAUGCCACUUACCUGAACUCGUCGUUCUACGUCUCCGAGUCCACCCACACGCACCUGAACAGCAUCUGCCUAUUCGAGUUCGAUGCCGACUACCCCAUGGCCCGUCACUCGUCUCAGGACUACGUCACAGCCACCAAAAACGUCUACUUCACCAUUCGCUCCGUCUCAACUGUUGGCAACUAUGAUUAUAUGUUUAGCUAUAGCUUUUUCCUCGACGGCAGCGUUGCGGUAGAAGUCCGUGCCUCCGGUUACAUCCAAGCUGCAUUCUACGCCAAAAACGACGGCUACGGCUUCAAGAUUCAUGACCAGCUGUCCGGUAGCAUGCACGACCAUGUGGUCAACUUCAAGGCUGACUUUGACAUCUUUGGCACCGACAACACGGUCCAGCGCAUGCACCAGGUCCCCACGACGCAAGUCUACCCUUGGUCCAAGGGUAAGGCAUUCAAUACCAUGAAGGUGGAGCGCGAGUUCAUCGAGAACGAAGACCAGGGCCGCUUCGAUUGGAGCUACAACAACCAGGACCAACUCUUUGUCCUCAAUCAGGACGUCAAGAACAAGCACGGCGAGUACCGCGCCUAUCGCAUCCUGCCGUACACCGGCGCCGCACAUUUGACUGUCAAGGACUCUAACAUUCUCAAGAACUCUGCAAAGUGGGCAGUCAACGACAUCAUGGUAUCGAAACGCAAGGAUACGGAGCCGCGCAGCAGUCACCCAUACAACAACCAAGACACCGAGAACCCGCCGAUCAACUUUGAUGCAUUCUUUGACGGCGAGAGCCUCAACCAAACUGACCUCGUUAUGUGGCUCAACCUGGGCAUGCAUCAUGUCCCUCAUACUAUGCCUGCGAACUACUUCGACAUUGGCCCGAACGUGGAAACGGUCAACAUGGUCCGCAUCAACUACUCCAACGGCACCACGACGGACGUCCUUACCUUCAACGCUGAGACGGACACAUGCGCGCUCGACUACGAGCCUACGCAGGCUGACUUGUGGACCUACAAGGGUGAUGUGGUUGUUCGCAAAUUCCCUUAUUUGCCGGAUGACCCUUACUAUGACACGGAUAGCAUCUAA